UCUUGUUUAUCGGUGUGUUGUGCACCACAUCUAUAAACAGGAAGCUACAGGACAUUUAGGGCGUUUCCUUUCUUGAAAUCUUAGAUCGUGCGAUAGAGCUGUGCUAUUAGGAUGACUCUGUUCUGAUCAGUUGUUGUGUUUUUCUUUCAGUGAUGCCUCCGAAAAAGGCAACGGCUGCCCAGAAGAAAAAGGGCGUGGUAGGAGAGACCAGUCGGGCUCAGAAGGGUACUCGGACCCUUGCUCAGAUGAUGCGUGAUAUUGCGUCCCGGCCAGCAGACUCUGCUAUGUCUUCAUCAUCAGAGGAGUCUGGAGCAGCAUCACCAUUAGCUCCAGAGGCUCCAGCUCCCGCGCCUCCAGCUCCUGAGCCAGGGGCGGAGGAUAGGACAUUGAGGGAGGCCGUACAGUUGUUGACUACUUUGGUAGCGGGACAGGUUCGCAGACGCGGGCAGAGAGAUGAUGAUGAUGAUGACAGGCGUGAUAGCCUGAGGGUUCGUGACUUUUUGACAUGCCGUCCCCCAGAGUUUUACGGAUCUAAGCCCGAGGAGGACCCCCACGACUUCAUUCGGGGAGUGCGGCGCUCAUUGGAUUUGGUCAGGGCUUCAGAGACCGAGUCCGUUGAGUUAGCCUCACACAGAUUACGAGAUGUUGCUGCCAAUUGGUAUGAGUCUUGGGAGCUGUCCAGAGGUGAGGGGGCUUCCCCAGCUACUUGGGAUGAGUUUGUGACUGCUUUUCUCCGCCACUUUCUGCCCCCGGAGUUACGGCGGGCACGGGUUGAUAAAUUUUUACAGUUGCGGCAGAACGGCCGGAGUGUUCGCGAGUAUAACCUGGAGUUUGAUUCUUUGGCUCGAUAUGCCCCUGCUAUAGUAGCGGAUAUGGCUGACCGUAUGCACCGGUAUGUGAUAGGAUUGGACCGCUACUUGAUUGACGGUUGCAUGGCGAUGGCGUCACAGACAGAUAUGGAUAUCGCCCGGUUACAGGCCCAUGCCCAGGGUAUGGAGGACCGAUACAGGGCUGAUUAUGCUGGUAGGGAUCAAUCGGGCAGAGAUCAUGAUAGGAGACCGCCCAAGCGGGCCAGGUCAGCUGGGUAUUCUGGUGAGUUUCGGGGCGGGCAGCCCCAACAGCAGCAUAAUAGCUACCCUUCUCAGCCGGCACGGAGUGAACCUCCACGAUUCACUGGUAGGAGGUUUGAUAGCACAGGGUAUUCAGAAGCUGGUCAAAGCUCCAUGACUUCAGGUUUCCAGAUGCACAAGGAUUCAGGCCAGACGAGGCCAUCUAUACCACAGUGCCCUCGAUGUGGCAGGCGCCAUCUGGGGGAAUGCCGCCGCAUUACUGGUGCUUGUUUCUCUUGCGGCCGUCAAGGCCAUACCAUGAGGGAGUGUCGAUUUGGGGGUGGUGCAGAUGGUGCAGCUCAGCCUACGGGGUCAGUUGCUGGUUCUUCUUCUUCAGUUGCCAUGCGUCCUAUGGGACAAGGUAUUCCGACACCAGCAGGCCGUGGCAGAGGCCGUGGAGGGGCUUCUAGUUCUGGCGGUCCUUCAAACCGCUUAUAUGCUUUAGCUAGCAGACAGGAUCAGGAAGCGUCGCCGAAUGUUGUUACAGGAUAAGUGUUUUUGGGCAGCAAGUACAAGUUAGAAUACAACUAAACGCAAAAGGUAUGUAAAGCCUAUUCCUUCUUCUUUUGGCAUGUCCUAGACGUAAGUGUGAAACGAUAUGAACCUUGGGGUAGAUUCUAUUCUCUAGUUUCAUGUACGACUUAUGAUUCUAUAUUUCAUUAAGGUUAUUGUCAUGUGCCUACAAUAUGAUUGACUAAUGAAUAAUGCAUGAAAGUUCCUAUACUUAAAGAAUUGCACAACUAGAGACAUACUUGACUUUCACAAGCUAUACCAUGUUGAAGCGAUAUACGUACAUGAAAUCUGAAACGUUUCUUGUAAUAGUUUGUAUGAGACUUAAGAUGAACUGAAUAUGAAUAUUAUUUUUACACUUUAGAGCUGGUUAGUUGCUUAUCCACUGAGUCUCAAAAAGAUGAAUUGCAUAUAUGUGGUUGCUAUUUAUUCUGCUCGUGCUUACCGCUAUAUCCUUCACUGAGUCCCGGGCCAGGACACGUUCUCGUGCGCAUAUUUACUAUAUUAAUCACCGAGUCCCUCACUAAAGGGCCGGGACACGUUAUAUAUCUAUGUAUAUGAUGAUAUGAUGACAUGAUGAUAUGGAGAUGGUGGCCAGGAGGGCAUAUUCCCUAUUACCGAGUCCCUUAUUAAAGGGCCGGGACACGUCUAUGUUUAUGUUUAUGAUGCUAUGAUUUUAAUUACCGAGUCCCUCAUUAAAGGGCCGGGACACGUUAUAUAUGUUAUAUACAGAAUGAUUUUGCAACUUUGAUUACAAAACUCUAUAACGAUAUUGAUAUGAGAAUGAUACAGAUGAAAUAUGUCCAAAGGCAAGUUUUAUGAAUUUCUGAUUGCUGCAUUGGGUCCUACAUACUUUGUCUCCUUAUGAGUCUAUUACUACAUUUCAUGCUUUACAUGCUCAGUACAUAUUCCGUACUGACCCCCUUUCUUCGGGGGGCUGCGUUCAUGCCCGCAGGUACAGACGCUCGUUUCGGAGAUCCGCCAGCUUAGGACACUAUUUCGGCUAUUUUGGACUGCUCCUUUGUUCCGGAGCUAGCUUGUGGUAUAACUCCCUUAUGUUGUAUUCGUAGGUGUUUAUUUGGGUAUGGCGGGGCCCUGUCCCGCCACAUAAUACGGUCAUUACUCUUAGAGGUCUGUGGACAUCGGUGUGGGUCUGCUUGUAGUUGUUGAUGCGUUUUAUGUCUAUGACUUAUGUUUGGGGCGUACCCAUUCGUAAUGGCAGCCUUGUCGGCUCGCACAUGUAUAUGUUGUUCUGUUGGCCCUGUGUGGCCUUUGUUGGAAUUUGCUGUGUACAGGGUUAUUUUGGAUAGUCCGAAAAACAAAGGAAACUCUGCCGAAAUUUUCUUUGAAAAUCUUAUAAAUUUGAAACA